GGGGGAACCCGGAACAAAAACACUGACGGACCAAUCAUCACGGACCAGACGAAUCAAACUAACCGCCGAAACUUUAAUUUCACACAAAAAGAACAGAAAUAAAAGAGGAAAAUCUGACAUUUACUUCCAGUAUUUAUGAACAUGUUGUGUUCAAACGGGAUGGAGGAGAAGUUAUCGAAGCGGAACUGUGCCUCUCUGCCCCUCUCUGCCCUGCGACUCCUCGUCCCCCCGGUCAGACUCGUCUCUGCGGCCGUCUGGCAUACGGUCCAGCAGAAACAUGUGGCUGAUUAUGGGAUGCUUGAGGAGUUUGUUUCCAUGGUUACGGACAUUGUUCCUGAGCUACUCGCCACUCGCCAGAGGGCCCAACUAGUCCUGGGACUCAGAGCACGGCUGAUUCUGGAGCUGUGCCGGUUUGAAGCGGACUCUGUGCUCGUGCAGCCUCACCUGGACAGAGUGCAACACCUGAUUCAGGAAUGGGUCAGAGAGGCUGGUGCAGAAAAUAUGGAAGUGCCAAACUCUGAGUUUGUGGAUCUGGUUAAAAACUUGCUGAAGAAUCCAGAGGAGAGGGAACACUUCUUUCAGAAAGUCUUCCCUGAAGAGUUUGGACCCGGGUUUGAAGACACUCUUCACACCUUGAUGUGGACGUUUCUGUCCAGACUUGAAGAGUUUCUUCCUCUUCAAAGUUUCCAUCAGGUUACCUCCAUGUUUGGCGAGGUGUCGUCAGUUUUGGAGGACUGCAUGAACUCUGUCUCCGGAUGUGAAGAGCUCAAAACCCUGCUGCUGUAUCAGAAAGACCUCAGCCGGCUGGAUCACAAUGAUGGCUCCUUGGAUGGGGCCUGCAUCAUUUCAGCUCUCAAACUUCACUCUGUUGACAUAAUGGAUGCUCGAGCACAAGCUGAUGUCUGGGAGAAACCUCUCUCGUGUACGUCCGACCUGGAGAGGGAGUCUUUGACAUCAGUUCAUGGAGCAACGAUAAAGACGGACACAAACCCCGAAGAUCAGACGAGUGACGCGGAGGUCUGCGAAGCUAAUUGGACUCUUCAGGAAGAGGAAACAGCCCUGCCUAGUAGAGAAAUCACCCCUGAGGAAAGCCUUCUGCAAAGGCAAGAAAAGGACGUUUGUGUUAAUAUGAAAGAAUGUCACGUUCAGCUCAAAAGACUGGACUUGCCGCUCUUUGUGCCGUCUCGACCUGUGAGAGCAAACAGAGGGCUGAGGAUGAAAAAGAUUCUGUUGGAGGAGAAGAGAGAUCUCCGUGGAAAGAUUGCUCCUGACACCAAACCUGUUCUGAAAAAGAGAAAAACACACAACAGGACUCUCUCUGAGGCGUGUGACGAGGAGAAUUCAAACAUGUCGUAUAUUUCUCCCAUCAGUAACUGCAGCGAAGACGACUCGUGGUCUUACUACUCCGACAACGACUCUUUCCAUAAGACUCCGAGUCCGAGUGUGGCUGAUUCAUGGUCUAACUACUCUGAUGACGGGUCUGUCUUUGAGCCUCCGGUCAGGACUUUCACUGAUGAGGAGUCUUUGUCAAGCUGCUCGAAUGAAGAGACGUCUUUGGUGGGUGCUAAAAAUGUCUCCAACGUGAAAGCGAGCACCACAAAAAGAAAGUGGAGUGUUUUAUCUGCAAGGAGCUCAUCAGCACGAGGCUGAAAACUCACAUGAAAACUCACUUCCCCACCGGCAAUUACGCCUGCCCUCGGUGUGACAGCAGGUUUAAACUCUUGAUGUCUCUCAAGCAGCACUUAAAAAGAACCUGCUUCGAGUACGGGCAGCGGCAGGUGGAUCCGAGAAGCCGGACCAAUCCAAAAACCUCUACAAGUGUGACAAAUGUGGAGAAGCGUUUAGGUAUAAAGUGUCCCUGGAGAAGCACAACCUGACCCACCAUGAGCUGUACUGCAGCGUGUGCAGGAAGGUGUUACGGGACGCAGCAGCGUUGGCGAGGCACAAGGCCUCCCACACGUUGUUUCAGUGUACCCGCUGCGAGGAGACC